ACCCCAUUCCCCGAUCCUCAAUUCCCAAAAUGUCGACCGCUCCAGCAGGCAAAGAGAAAUCGAAGACCCAUAAGCUGUCCCUGAAGGGUAAUAUAAUUACUACAACCCCCUUUUUAUGUCGAGAAAACUAACCCCACCCACCAUAGGAUCCUCACGGCUAGUAGCAGAAUUCGUAAGAGAAGCCGACACCCUCGAAAUCAUAAGAACAUAACAUACUGACGUACCACAGUUCAAUUACUCCAUAAACACGAUUCUGUAGGUCAAUGCCAAAAUAUGAAGAUAGGGACAGGGAGAGAGAGAAUGCUAAGAAGUAACUAGAUUCCAACGAGGCGUCUACCCUGCCGAAGACUUCGCAGCCGUCAAAAAAUAUGGCCUCACCAUGCUCGUUUCCUCCGACGACCAAGUCAAAGCCUACAUCAAGAAAAUCAUGUCGCAGCUCGAUAAAUGGAUGGUCGGAGGCAAGAUCUCGAAGCUAGUGGUGGUGAUAACAAGCAAAGACACGGGCGAACCCGUAGAGCGAUGGCAAUUCGACGUUCGUCCUCUUCCUCUUUCCCUUUCCCUCGCCCCUCUUCCCCUUGGAACUAAACUUUUCCGCAGGUCCAAAUCUUCGCCAAACCUUCCAAAAAGAAAUCCUCCUCCAAAGUUCCCGACAAGGAGAAUUCCACGCCCGCAAACGAGGCCGCACCCGUAGAGAAAACAGAAGCCGAGAUCCAAGCCGAGAUCCAGAGUAUAUUCCGCCAGAUCACCGCAUCCGUAACCUUCCUCCCACAACUAGAUGGCGAUUGCACGUUCAAUGUUCUCGUCUAUGCAGAUGCGGAUAGUGAGGUGCCGGUUGAUUGGGGUGAUAGUGAGGCGAAGGAUAUUGUUAAUGGGGAGAAGGUGCAGUUGAGGAGUUUUAGCACGGCGAAUCAUAAGGUCGAUACAUUGGUUAGUUAUCGUGUUGGUUAAAAAGCUGGUGAUGGGGGGGGGGAAAUGUAGGAUUUGAGGAACUUGAUGUGUAUGGUAAGGUGGCUUUAUGGAGUCUUUGGUGUUUUCAUGGCUCUUUUUUCUGGUAUCUCCUUGUCCGGCUCUGCUGACUGGCUGGUACAUAGAUUUGUAGUGGACAGUCGUAUCGUCUUUGUUACAACUGUCUAAUGCAACUCAAUAGUUCGAACAGCCUAUUUCUAUCAAAGUUCACAGAGCUUCCUUUGGCUAUGGUUCGAUCACUCCACAUUCGUCCUUUGUAUACCAUCUCUGAAUUGUGUAUACAGUACGAAUUAUCUAAGCUUCACUAUGUUUAUCACCUAUCUCCUGGCCUUGAAGUAAGAGGCGUAUCCACUAUCAUCUUAAUAUUUGGUAGCCAACUCAAAACGUUCCCUAUUCAUGGUUUCAAAGUUGAAUAAGACUUGAGUUUUUAGAAAUAUCGUUGACUGCAAGCAACGAUAUUAGACGAUUUCUUGGUCUUCUUUGAGGUAUCUGUACUGACACAUUUAAUCCAUACAGUUGUUC